AUGGCGCAACCCCCACCAGCGAGCACUUCCACCCCGCCUGACGCGCCGCUGAACGACUCCAUGCAACCUCUAAACGAAUCAAUGGAGGAUUCAAAUCCCGAGCGAAAGCAGAAAAGGCCACGCCUGGACAGUGGAAGUGGCCUGAGUCCAUCGAUCUCCAGGAAUCUGGACGGGGCAAGUGCCACCAUCGCCGCGGCGACCCCCUCUGUGCUGCCUGCUCCGGUCACCAGCGCAGCGCUUGCCGACAAGAUGGACACGAACCCUGAUCACACACGUCCUGCAAAGGUGACUAUCAACGUCAAGUCACCACUCUCUGACAAGUCACCUUCCCCCGACACCGACACGGAGACCACCAUGCGCGGCACACCCCCAAUCUCUGAGAUCAUUCCGGCACGCCCUGACCCGAGCGAACUUCACACAACUCCCUCGGACGUCAUCUCAAUAUCUUCCUCACCUGCACAGAGCCCAGUGAUCCAAGCGGAAGACCCCGAAGACAUGGAUGAGAACUGGAGACCGCUGGAGGAGGCGAUCCAAGAUGACGAUGUGGUUCAGCUCCAAAGCUUGAUUCCUACCUUGGUUGAGUCUUUCCCUCAGGUUCGAGAGAAUGCCAGCCCACUGGAGAACAUGCACCGCAUUGUGGCGAUGAUUCAAAAAGAGAAAGCCUUAAAAACUAUUUGUUUCCGCUUGAAGCUGACGCAUGUGAAAAAAGGUGAUCCUCGGGAUGUCGAUGCUCUCUCCGCAGUCAAAAUUUGGACAGACGACUGUGUUAAGCACUUGGAUGAUUUGGGUCUUCAAGAAUUCGGUGAAGCACAGGAAUUCUGGCAGGUUUUCCCUGAUGUGGCGGAGUGUGUAUUGCGCCGAGUACAUGAACUCUUCAUCGACGAUGGUACCGGCAGCAGUCCAUGGCUCUGUUUGGAACAGUUCUUCCUUAACUAUGUGCAGAUUGCACUACACGUCACGCGCCUCGACACUCGGCUUCUUGAACAUUACCUCGAAGAUCCUGAGCUUCCAGUCCAGGAGGGAAUCUGCAAAGACUAUCUUCAGACCCUCACAUCCGUGUUUUCCUGGAUCAAGACUCCAUUCUACCGCGCCCUGGCCCGCAAGAACCCGGCGAAUACACGAGAAAUGCUUCUGCAUAUUCGUUCCAAAUCACUCGAGCUUCCCAUGGAUACUGCCAAGGUUCUUUCCGAAUGGUCAGCUCUUGCCCUGGAAGUGAUCCCCCGCAACCCCGCCUUGGUGGGCGUGCUUCUCCAAGUCCUUGCUAUCGCCAACACGCUCGUCGAUGGUCAUUUGGAGCGUAAACGUGAUACCGGAGUUGAAGGGUCAGACGCUCAGCUGCCUCAGACCACUGCACUGCGGACACUUUACGACAUGGUCCGGUUGGUGGAUGUCAAGUAUCAAGAUUGGAUCUCGAAGAAAGCUGCUUUCGCAACGAGCGACCUGAGUGAGCAGUUCCUCCGCGCCAUUUCCCACCAUUACAAGCAGCACUGCGCCAGAGACAUCGACUUUGUACAGCAACUCUCGGAAGAUCUGGCCAUAGCCCUUCCUGAAGAGGCCAGUUUAGCGGACAAGUCACUGAUCAUUUUCUGGAUGUGGAAGUUUGCGGUGCUCGAGAAGCAUAUCACAGAGGGUCGAAUGGAGCUUCGUGUUCAUGGCGUCGAGACUAUGCAAUCCGACCUAGUGCACGUGUGGGGGACCAGCAUACAGUCAAAUCCUGACGGCGUGAACCUGCCGUUUGUGAAGCGUCUCGUGCAAUUUAUCCUCGAUCACAAAAUUGUGGACUAUUUAGUGGGGGUCGACUCUCACCCGCAACUGAUCAGCAGAAGCAGCAAUAUUGUUGGCUUCCUGAUUGUUACCGAUACAUACACUAAUUCGGUGACGGACCUCAUCUGGCGGACGGUGACCGAAAGUCAAGAUACUCGAAUUGUCUCGGAGGUCUUGACAAUGCUGAUCCGGACAUUCGCCAUGCAUGUCGUAAGCGCUCCUGCGUUGCUCUACAUCUGCCAGAAGCUUUUGGAGUUGCCUCUUAGCCGGUUCGAUGGGAGCAUGCUUGAGUUUUGCAACAAAUUGCUCGACCGGAUGUGCCAUGGCUCGGCGGACUCGCGAUCAUCCUUUGAAAGCGUCAAUUCCAUUCCCUUGAAUCUCUGCGUCCGUCUCGUUCGUGACAGCACUCCCUCAGAGGAGAUCUCCGUGGACCAGAAGAAGAUUCUGCAGAAGUUCGGCUUUCAAAAGCUCAUAGGGUUUGUUGCCGUUGGGAUCAGCGAGGCUGACAGGGUCGCCAUUUAUGAGCGAUGUGUUCAAGAUAUCGCCGAGAAGAACGAAUUCACGGCAGGCAGCUACCAAAUUCUGAAUGGCCUGGUCGCCAAUCAUGAGGGACAGGAAAUGUUGAAACUCGCCGCGGAGUUUGACCUCACCGGCCUGGUCAUCGAAGACAUGCUGAGUGCUGUCAAUCGCAAGAACGACAAGCUUGCCAGCUCCACCUCUCAGCUUGAGUUGCUCUCACGCUUGAGCAUUCUCUUCCGCCUCAUCAACAUGGUUCCGGAUACGAUCACGCCUGAGCUUGGGAUGACGCUUUGGAAAGAUAUCUUCCUGUCUGACAAAUACGGCGCAGAAGGCCGCCACGCAAUGUGGAACAUGCUGACAACUGCACUCACCCAAGCUACCCAGACGAACUCGUUCCUGGACCGGUGUAUUCACGAAUAUCUACCGGCUCUAGCACCGAAGGAUUUGACACUGGAAACGUUGGCAUUCGCCAAGCAGGCCAUCAUCUACCAAGUCCGAUGGAACCCGCCCACCCCAGCGGAUGAGGGUCAAGUAGUGGUAAUUCCCGGAAUGGAGCAAAUCUGGACCUUCAUUCUGAAUGCCUUACCUGGCACCGUUGAAGUUCAGGCCACAGAAUUUGCGGUACAGGUUUACCUUGAUCAUGCAAUCAUCUCCAAAUCACCCAAGUCGGCAGUCGAAGCCACUCACAUUGCGCUUGUUGAGCGGUGCCUUGAUCAGCUCAAAGCAGCCGUCUCGAGCUUGAAGGCUGCAUCCGACGCUAACGGGGAUUCGUUAAUGGACUCAGAUACCGAGACUGGAGAGUUGAACUCCGAUGAGCUGAGAUUUAAGCGUUCGCUAUGUUUCCUCCACCAGCUGCUGUGCGGCCUCCGUGCUCGUCCACGAUACAGUUCUCCGCGGUGUUCACCUCCGUUGGUGCCCGAGCAGCCAAUCAAAGGUGAGACACUGAGUCUUUCGUGGCAGUCUUUCAACGGAACGAACAGCUCCAGAGUCCAGCAGCUUGCAAUUGGCGAUCUUUCAACCGGCUUUGAAUUGUCCGAGAGAUUGGCAGCGCUCACAGGCUUUUCCAAGUUCACUGUAAUUGCCGGCGGCCAACGACUUGAUCUGGUGAAUGACGCCGGAAGUACCUUGAGGGACAUCAAAGCCAUCCAAGCCGGCCUGCUCCUCGUCAAGAAGGCACCAGAUGCCAAGGAAUUGCCACGACUGGCUCUCGGCGGACUCCCUCUCACAUCGGUUGAUUCAGAGGUUCUGAAGCAUUUUGACGAACUGUAUGAUCUACUUACACUUAACGAUGAUCUUGCAAAGGAUAUCUAUGAGUUUCUCAUAACCUUCCCACCCCAGAAGCGAGUACGAAAUCUUAUUAAGUCAGGAGACAGCACCGUGUCGGAGCUAUUCCCCUUGGAAACACCCUUUGUUGCCUUCUACUCCUGCAGCACACUCGCGAGGUGUCUCUUGGAGGAAGGUAUGGAAGAGACACCGAACCCAGCUUUUGUGUCGCGCAGCAUAAAGCUACUCGUGUCAUUCUUAAUCGACAACAAACUGUCAGAUCUGAAUGCUCUCAACAGGAACCAAGUCUAUCUUGCUUCGGCGGCUGUUGGAUGCUUGGUGGAAUCCAUCACUAUUUCCAGCGAAGUCGGCGAUGAGCACGGGGUUCCAGAAGCCGACAAGGCGGCACUUGCAAAGAGGCUCCAGCACUUCGUUGAGGCUGGACGUUCUUUGGCUGAUGUCAAGUCAUAUGAUAUGGUCAAAGUCCAAAAGCUGAUCUGUAACUCGUGGGGUGUUCUGUUGGAAGGGUCAUUCCGCGACCCUCUGUUCUGGAACGCCGUAAAGCGGGAAGUCCAACUUGCUGCCCUUAUCCAGGGAUUGCUCCUCGAAGAGCCAGGGCAGUCGAUCCGAGCUGAAAUAUCGGAGAGGACGCGCAGGGUGUGCAACCCAAAGGGAAAGACGAAACCAGUCAAGGAGAAUGGCUCCAACAAGCAGCCCAUGACAAACCCAGACAGCCCCAUUCAUAUCGACAUGCUCGCAUCAAUCUGGAAUGCAUUCUUGCAGUCAUUUAAUCUCGCUUGCAAGUACGCCGCUCAUUCGGCCGAGUUUUUCAAAGUAGCCUUGUGGGCUUUCCGAGCUGUCGUGGACCGGUCGCCGCAAGAUGUCAUUCUCAGCGAAUACAUGAGCCAAUGGAGCCAAAUGAUGUUGAGCCAUGACACGACGGAGUUCAUCGGCCGCGAGCCCCUCGAUCACCUUGUCUUUGGCAUGGCGAGUCUUCUAGAGCAAUGUCUUCAAUAUGCCGAUUCGACCGGACUCAAGCUGGAGGCUCUUGAUAUCGCUGAACCGAUCAUGGGAAAAUACCUACUCCCAGAGCUUGCUAAUGAAACUGACGACGUGAUCGUCCCACGCACUCCACUCAUGCAUACCGAGACGCGCCAAAAGCUCUACAACGUAAUCGGACUGCUGUGUAAGCAGAAUGUUGAAAAUAUUGCUCGAACCAUGCAGUACUUGGAUGGGGUCAUUCCUCGAGAUGAAUCGUACAAUCCCACGUGGAGCCAGGAUCGUAACAAGAUGAUCCGAGCCUACGAAGGAUACGCCGGACUCAAGAAUCUUUCCAAUACUUGCUAUCUCAAUUCGCUGAUGACUCAGCUGUUUAUGAACACGGAAUUUCGCAAGUUCAUGCUGUCGUUGAACGUAUUGGAGCCUGAUGAAUCCCAGAAGCUCCUUGGUGAGACCCAAAGGCUUUUUGCUUGGAUGCAGGACACUUGGAUGAAGAGCGUCAAUCCAGAUGGAUUUGUCGAAAGCAUCCGAACUUAUGACAAUGAAGCCAUCGAUGUCACUGUUCAGAUGGAUGUUGACGAGUUCUACAACUUGCUCUUUGAUCGAUGGGAAGCCCAAGUCAUGAACCCCGACGAUAAAAAGCGCUUCCGAUCUUUCUAUGGAGGGCAGCUGGUCCAGCAAAUCAAAUCCAAGGAGUGCUCUCACAUCUCGGAGCGAGAAGAACCCUUCUCCGCAAUCCAAUGCGACAUCAAGGGCAAGGGUAGUCUUGUUGAGAGUUUGCAGGCUUAUGUUGAAGGUGAAAUCAUGCAGGGUGACAACAAGUACUUUUGCUCGGGAUGUGGUCAACAUGUGGAUGCAGUGAAGCGAGCGUGUUUGAAGGAAGUUCCAGACAACUUGAUCUUCCAUCUUAAACGGUUCGACUUUGACAUGGUCACGAUGAUGCGAAGCAAGAUCAACGAUGAGUUCAGAUUCCCCGAAAAUAUUGACAUGACACCUUAUAAGGUGGAGCACCUUUCUGAUCCCGAUGCUGGGAUCGAGCCUGACGUGUUCGAGCUUGUCGGGGUGCUUGUUCAUACUGGCACCGCCGAAUCGGGUCAUUACUACUCUUACACCCGCGAAAGGUCUGGCAGCGUCGGGACACCGAGAUGGGUCGAAUUCAACGAUGCCGACGUGUCCAGAUUUGAUCCAGCAAACAUUGCCGACCACUGCUUUGGAGGUGACACUCACGGCGGCGGUGGUGUUCAAAUGAACAAAGUCUGGAACGCGUACAUGCUGUUCUAUCAUCGUGUAAAUCCGGAGCAACAGGCGAAAGAGGAGCCGCAGGUGGUGGCGCCUGAAUAUCCUGCUCGUGUGCCCUUGCCAACGGCUCUUGCAAACCAUAUCGCCAUGGAGAAUGAGAUCUUCAUCCGCACAUACUGUCUUCUGGAACCGAGCUAUUUGAAGUUGGUUCCAGAGCUUCUUUCCUGUAUGCGACGAGUGGAUAUCGCUCCUGAACAGCGGCACCAGCUGCAAUUGAUGGGAACCGAGAUCGGAUUGGAUACCUUGGAGCAACUCAUUGCACGGACCAAGGAGAUGGCGGGACUGUUCAAAAUGUAUGAGGAACUCUCUUUGCUUGUGCAAAAUCCGCGUGGCGCGCUCUGUGCUCUCGAAUGGUUUUCCAAUCGGCCAACUUCGAUGCGGAACGUCAUGCUCCGAAGCUUCCACUACGAGGUUCGCCAGAAAGUCGUGUCUAUCAUCUUGAUUGCGAUUCGUUGUCUCAAGUUGUCUUUGGAGACUCCGGAUAUGGACGAGAAAGGCAGGCAAAUCCGGCAAAAUAGACUCGAGGGAGCUGUUGAGAGCAUCGUCGCCAUGCUGGUAGACUUGUGGCAGGCCGUUCAGACUGUUCCUCGUGCAUGGGGUGAGUACUUCGAUUUCCUGGUCAAGUUGACCGAAGCCAGCGAAGAGGCCACCAAGGCUGUUCUUGCGAACGGAAUGCUGGUUAGAUGCUUGGAAAUCAUUUGGCUCGACCCUGAGGACCGCAAGAACCUCAGAGGUCGUUAUCAAGGCUACUGUCGGCUACUCGAGAAGGGUCGCCAGUUCCCGUACCGCAAUCUGAUGGCUCUAUGCGCGGCAUUGCUGCAGCGAGUUGACUUUGCUCUGCCACCAACCCCUUCCAAUACGUCUCGAACCACAUCGGUAGACGGGCAAAUUUCACUUACUCUGGCGGAGAACAGAUUUAUCAAGCCGCUGGAAUUCCACAAAGCAACGGACAAUAGUGCGGUUCUCGUGUUCUUGAUGAAGGUGCUCCAGCAUGACUACAUCUCCUAUUAUUCAGAGGCUGCCCAAGCCAUCGUCGCCUCUUUCCUCGCAUGUGAGCCAGAGGCGGGCUUCUUCCCUCACAUUUUGAAGACCCUCGAAGUUGGCUUGCGCUUCUCGCCCGCUGAACAUUGUGUCCCGUUCCUGGAUUGCGCUAUCAUUUUCUGCAAAUGUGCACCUGACGAGGGAGCCAUCCUUGCACUGAUCGAUUUCGUUGCCAAGGGCCUAGUCUCGUUGAAUAGUUGCGCGGGCAACGAGCAUUUAGAGUUCUUCAUUCAGCUGUGCACAGCCUCGAAUGAACGCUUGGGCCUCGACACUGACUGGUUCACUGUGGCCGUUCAAGAUCGUAUCCCUGACUUCGUUCCGCCUCUGCUGAUCUACAAUCACCCAAAUGUUCGUCGGCGCACCACAGAGGUUUUGCAGGGCAUACUUUUCCUCGACUGCAGCGAAGGAGUUCCAGCAGAAAUUCAGGCUCGGAUUGCCAAUAUUGCCCGAGAGUUGACUGACGCCUGCGUUCGAUGCAUCUCCAGCGUCUUUUUCGAAGCACAGAUUCGGAAUGUCGAGUCGCGCAUUGUGCAACCCAUUGUGGCGACCAUCACUCAUUGUUUGGAAAACUACUUCGAUGAGAGUGAUGAAGAUGAUCGCCAGGUCAUUCAAAGUACAAAUGCAACAUUGCUUCGUCUUCAAGAAUUGACAAUCGAGGUCCCGGAUGAUCUCGUCUCAGAGUCGGACUUCGCUUCGCCAGAGGAGUGGGAGGCCACAUCUGCGUUAGCCAGCGACUCUGACAUCGGCGUUGCGGGCAGUCCAUGA